CAGUGCUUCCCCACACGCUCAGUUGUACUUCCCCCCAAUGACAUACCGCCAUGCCAUAUUGCUUACUAGCCCGGGACCCUCCCCUGCUGCAAUUCAUUACCUGAUACCCCAACUUGAGAAACUAUCUAUGGCAUCUCCCGUCGAUCCAACCGAACAUGAAUGCCGUUGUGGUUCCCCGUGGCGGGCUUCGAUACUGCUCCUCGGGAUCCCUCCACCAAGCUCUCAUUUAUUCAUAAAUGAGCGCUUCACCCUUUGAGAUUCACUUCUUCUCCUUGUAACACUUUCACUCAACCUCUUUAUUUAUUCAUGUUGGUGAUGCUUUGAUCUUUCAGAACUUUUACCUCUUAUUGUCAUUUGUCGAUCCUCAUCCCCACAGCCGCGAAUACCAAAGCAAUCAAAAGCUUAAUUAUCGCGUUUUGCCGCCAGCAUGGCUCAAACCCAAGAGAAGUUUGAUAUUGUCAUCGUGGGCGCAGGCCCUGUUGGCAUUCUUUUGUCCCUGUGUAUGUCAAGAUGGGGUUAUAAGGUUAAGCACAUCGACAACCGCCCAGUCCCCACUGCUACAGGUCGCGCCGAUGGUAUUCAGCCUCGUUCCACUGAGAUUCUCCGUAACCUCGGCCUGAAGCGCCAAAUCAUGGCCUACAAGCCCGCCAAGGUUUACGAUGUCGCAUUCUGGGAUCCUCUCGCCGGGGAGCAAGGCAUUCAUCGCACUGGCAGCUGGCCUAGUUGCCCACGUUUCAUCGACACUAGAUAUCCUUUCACAACCCUUGUUCACCAGGGAAAGAUCGAGCGCGUGUUUUUGGACGAGAUCGAAAAGGCCGGUACUACGGUUGAGAGACCCUGGACUAUUACCGGAUUCAAGAAUGAUGGCUUGGACGAGACCUACCCCGUCGAAGUGCAGCUGAAGUGCCUUGACACCAACGUGAUCGAGACCGUCCGCUCUAAGUAUCUCUUCAGCGGUGAAGGAGCCCGGAGUUUUAUCAGACAGCAGCUCGGUAUCCAGAUCCAUCACAAGGAUCCUAUCUCCUAUGUGUGGGGUGUUAUGGACGGUGUUGUGAGGACAAAUUUCCCUGAUAUCGAGACCAAGUGCACAAUCCACUCUGACGCUGGUUCGAUCAUGGUAAUUCCCCGUGAGGACAACAUGGUCCGUUUGUAUGUCCAGAUCGCUUCAUCCUCGGAUCCCGACUUCAACCCAAGAAAGACGGCGACUGCGGAGGAGGUUCAAGAAACUGCGAAGAAGAUUCUGAAGCCAUACUGGGUUGAAUGGGAUCGCGUAGAGUGGUAUUCUGUUUACCCAAUUGGGCAGGGUAUCGCCGAGAAGUAUACUCUGGACGAGCGAGUCUUCAUGGGUGGAGAUGCCUGCCACACACACAGUCCCAAGGCCGGCCAAGGUAUGAACACUGCAUUCCACGACGCUUUGAAUAUGGCCUGGAAGAUCCAUGCUGUCGAAUCUGGACUCGCCGAUCGCUCUACUUUGAGCACAUACGAGAGCGAGCGCAAAGACAUUGCAGAGACUUUGUUAAAUUUUGAUGCGAAAUACGCCGCCCUGUUCUCCAAACGCCGUCCCACUGCUGGAGAGGUUGGCUCCGCUAGCCAUGCCACUGUAGCGUCUGGCGGUGACGAGGAGGAUGAGUUUGUUAAGACCUUCAAAUCAUCAUGCGAAUUUACCAGCGGUUAUGGCGUUGCCUACAAGCCGAACGUCUUCAACUGGGAUGCUAGUCACCCGGCCAAGUCGUCUCUGUUCGACGUUCCUGGUGUGAGACUGACCGCAGGACGCUCUUUCACGCCCUCGACAGUCACUCGACUGGCAGAUGCCAACUUUGUGCAUUUGGAGCAAGAGGUGCCAGCUAAUGGUGCAUUCCGUAUCUUUAUCUUCGCAGGUAAACAGGAGAAGACAAAGAAGGCCAUCACAGAUCUUGCAGCAAACCUAGAGAAGGAGCGCUCGUUCCUGUCGGUCUACCGCAGAUCCGACAUUGCUGAUGUUUCAUUCUUUGAGCGUCACCAGCCCCACUCCAAGCUCUUCACCCUCUGUUUGGUGUACGCUGCGCAGAAGAACCAGGUCGAUAUGGAGGCUGUGCCCCAGAUUCUCCGCGAUUACCACCACCACAUCUACGCGGACGACAUUCCCGACGUGAGAGUCCCCAAUGCCAAGUUCGCCGCACACGAGAAGCUUGGCUUUGACCCCGAGAUGGGAGGUGUAGUUGUCUGCCGCCCAGACAGCCAUGUUGCCUGUACCGUGCAGUUGGUGGAAGGCAGCGGCACCGCGGAUGCCCUGAACGCCUACUUUAACGCUUUCUCGACCAAGCCGUUGGGCCAGGACCAACAGCAAAGUCGUCUUUGAUUCACGAUGAACCUGUCUAUUUUAUAGCUUUUUGAUGUACAUAGCACUUUGGUCUUUCUGUCACAUUGGCCCUGUUUGA